AGGUCAUUUCGAGACGGUCAGCGUCCAAUCAAUCCUCGAUUGUGAUCAGAGGCGGUCUCGUUUAUUUCAAGCUUUGUUGUUUCUCCUGCUGCAUUUUGGUAGUCACCUGUACAGCUCGCCUUUCACGACGAUGGCACACAGAUAUACAGUAUCCUCUUGACAUAUGUACCUCUACACUAGUACUCGUUUUCUCUACGUAGCACCAUAAUUGCCAAAGCGCCAGCAGGUGCCAAAAACAUGAGCGACGAACCAGAUGCGAAAAAGCCGAAUACAACGGCCGAAGCCGCGGCAGACCUACAAACAGAGUACCCACCAGCCGACCUCAUUCAGUACCUGGUGAUCCGUCAGGAUCUCGCCUACACAGAGCAAAAGACCGCGGACGACGGAACAACGACCUCAACUUCAACCCCCUGGCCGACCGGCGCGAUCGUCGCCCAAGGUGCGCAUGCCUCGGUUGCCGCAAUAGCAGAGGGGUUGAGAAUACACGACGUCAACACAAUCGCCUACACCGAUAAGAAAUCCCUAGACACGAUGAGAAAGUGCGUGCUGGGUGCGAAAGACGUUGCCGCGCUGGAGAAGAUAUGUGCGAAAAUGGAAAAGGAUGACGUGAAAUUCUACAGGUGGAUGGAGCAGCCAGAGAAUGUUUUAACCGCAGUAGUAUCAAAUGCAAAGAAAUAUGUCUGGGUCUGGAAACUUGUGAUGCUGAACUGUGCACGACUGCAAUACUUCCCAAGGCAGCCAAGCAUCACAAGUUUGCCGAACACUUUGUCAUGCGCAGUCCGCAUGACAUCAAGCUGCACUUUUAUAG